AACAGUUUGAACAAUGUUUCUUACAUGGCAUUUAAUUGUGUUUUCUAUAUGUUUUGAAUAAUUGUUACAGAUAACACGUCAGGGUGGCGGCUUCUAAGUAUGGCAGUGGCGGGAUCUCGCUGGGUUCUGGGGUCGCGGUAAGACGCGGCAUGAAGUGCGCGGGGGUCGCCGGCAGCGGGGGCGGCGACGAGCUCCUUCUCGGCGCGUGCUGGCUCGACCCCAAGCUGGAUGCCUCUUCGCCCCCUCCCACCUGCCAUGAAUUGUUGGAUUCUCUACUAGCUCCACCUCCGCUGGCAGAACUAAAACCGUUGCCUCCUUUUACUGGCUAUACUGGUCACCUUUCGAUAAAUGGUAUCUCUGGGCACCAUUACCACGCCAUCGCUCAACGUCUUCCAGAAGAAAACAAUAACUACCCCACACAAAGUGGAUAUGGUGCUGAUCACGACGUUGUCUCAUCUUCAACUUGUGCCGCGGAGACUGAGCCACCUGAUCUCGAAGAUGUUAAACCUUUCCCGCUAGAUGCUGAUACGAAACCGUUCUCAGCGGAAAAUUCUGCUCCCGGUGCACCUGAUUCUUGCGCUACAUCUUGCUCGCCACCUGCAAAAAUGUUUGAUGAUGGCCACAAACAAGACAUGUACGACAUUAGCUCAAUUGAGGACAUAGCUGCCAUAAUUGGUUCGGCAAUAGCUGACACAACAGUACCCUCACAACCAGAAGACCCUGAAAGAAAUGAUUCAAGAGACAGUUGGAUGGACAUCGACGCAUGGAUAGCAGGAGCAUGCAGCCAACACAGUGAUAAAAUAGUACCACAAGACCUGGCUGAGUUUUUACCAAGCUCUCCACCGCCAUCACUUCCAAGUUCUCACCAUCCUGGCUUAGAUUUUCCAUGCAAACCAGGUCAGGAAUUUUCAAAAAGUCAAGAAUUCCUUCACAAGAUUUCAUCUCACGGACAAGCUGGCUCAACUCUACAAACCCUUCUCACCCAUGGUUAUAUGCCUCUGCUUCAAAAUAGGCUUCAAAAUGGCCCACCGGUGAAACAAGAAGCACCCAGCUCUACUAGUUUUGGUAUGGAUGUAAUAUCGACCUCUUCCCCUCCAGGAAACGCUGUAUCAACCACAGAUGGCGUAGGUGGCCUCUUGAAUGGCCGGUACCCACCUCAUUAUGCUCUCAGUUUGAAACCCGAUGGACUCUGUAGUCCGGAUCGGCUAUUGGGCUAUCCUCACGCCCACACAACAACUGCUACUCCUUCCAGCAAAAGUAAAAGAAGUCGAGCAAAGGCGAAACAAUCAAGUAAUGGAGGAAAUAUUCACGGUAGUUCUUUGGCUUUCCCCUCAGCGACGGCAGCCGAAUUGAGCGGACUUCUUGGAAAAGAAAAGCCAGUUCAUCGUUGCGGUAUAUGUAAUAGAGGGUUCCUCAACAAAUCGAACAUAAAGGUGCACCUUCGAACUCACACAGGUGAGAAGCCCUUCAGGUGCGAUGUCUGCGCUAAAGCCUUUCGCCAGAAAGCGCACCUCAUCAAACACCAGCAAAUACAUAAGCGAAUUGGGAGAGACUAAUCACCGAGCAAAGACUAACGGGAUCAAUCCUGGCACUAGCUCAAAAUGAAGCAUUUUGUAGAUCGUAGAUAUGUGUGAGUGAUUGUUGUUUGUGGACGGACGUAUUAUUGUGUGCUGCUAGUACCUCAAUUUGAGCGGAAUCUCACUUUUUAGGCUAUUAAUUGUUCACGAGUACUUCAACAUUGAAUGUAUGUAUAUGUCAUUGUCUUCUAACUUAGUUAUGAGCGAAAGUCUUGUAUUAUUUUUAUAUUAACCCCUUUAGGUUACACUCCUCCUAAGGACAAGUGCAAUGUUAACUAGUUUUAAGAUAUGUCUCCAGAAUUACUUUGGUGUAGAUAAUAUUAUUUAUAUUAAUUUUAGUGAAAAUUGAAUUUACUUUUCAUGAAUGGUUAUUUUUUGUACUUAUUCACUUAUUACUUUAAAUUUCAUCUCAUUAGCUAGAUUUAUUAAUUUAAAAUUUGGCUAUGUAACAAUUAUUUUGAUUAUUUUGAUGCUCUUUGUUUGUACUAUUAUUAUUGUACGUAUGUUAAGUCGACUUCAAAAUGUAAUUGAAAUAAUUAUAAUGCCUUAAAAUGUGAAUUGUUACUCCGAUUACCUAUUUAUAGUCAAUUCUAACGAAUAUAUUAAUUAGUAAAUUGUAUAAAAUUAGGUGCAUGAAUCGUUCAUAUAAACAAAUAAGACAAAUCUCAUGAGGCUAGCGCGUAGGUAUUGAAAACCUUUGAAAAAGUUCGUUUACUUCAUCCUGGUACACCUCUAAUACCUCUGU